AUGGACGCCGACGGCUUCACCGCUGUGCGCCGCCGCCGCGGCAGGGGCCCCCGCAGGCCCGAAGCUGUACCCUAUGAGGGGGGGGGGGGCCCCCAAGACGCUGCAGCAGCAGCAGAGGGGGCCCUCCGAGACGCAGGAACAGCAGCAAUGGAGAACGAAGCAGCACAGCUGCUGCGGCGGGUGGACCCCGUGGAGACGGAAGCAAAAGAAAGCGACUCGGAAGCAGAAGCAAUCGACGCCGACGGGGGCCCCCCGGGGCCCCCCACGGGGGCCCCCGCGGGGGCCCCCCCGGGGAGCCCCCCGGGGGGCCCCCCCGGGGCGGCAGGGGCCAGCAGCAGGGGGGGCCCCAGGAGGAAGCACAGGGGGCCCUCGGCAGCAGCAGAAGAGGAAAAAAAGGAAGAAGCUUUUAUUCGGAGACUUUGC